AACCUCGGGAUAAUUUGAAAAAGAACUAAUGUUUCCGGAAUCAAAACUGAAAGCAGAAGAGCAGAUAAUAAACAAGCUAGACGAUGGCGUCCGGAAAACUGAUCGCGGGACUAUGCCAGGAGCUAACAUGUCCCCUCUGUUUUGAGUUGUUCACCGAUCCGGUAUCUCUAGAGUGUGACCACUGCUUCUGUGGAUCCUGCAUCUCUCAGGUUUGGGAGAACGUCCUGGGAGAUGUCUCCUGCCCUCAGUGUCAGCAAGUAUUCACCCAGCGGAAUACAAGACCCUCCCGAACCUUGGGCAACGUCGCAGAGCAGCUCCGGCGUUUGAGCGUGAGGGCGAAGCAGCGGGAACUGGAACUGUUCUGCCGCGAACAUGACGAGAAGCUGAAACUGUUCUGCGAAGAGGAGCUGGAGUUGAUCUGUGCGGACUGCUGGAAUUCUCAGCACCAGACCCACAGCGUGAUCACUGUCAAGGCUGCAGCCAAGAAGUACAAGGGCAGACUAGAAGCUGUUUUGGAUUUACUGAAAAGGAAAAUGGAGAGCCUUACUCAAAGAAAAAUGAAAGAGGAAGCAAUGCUGGAGGAACCAAAGGUGUGGGUGGAGGAAGUGACAGAUGAAAUUGGAGCAGAAUUCGAGAGAAUGCACAAUUUCCUGAAAGAGCAGGAAGAGAUCUUGAGACAUCAAAUAAAAGAGGAUGAGAAAAAAAUGUUGAAGAAACUGGAGGAGAGAGUGAAGGAAAUCGAGGAUGAAAUGUCAUCUACUGAGACCAAAAUCUCCGAGAUACAAGCACACCUAGAGAUUAGUGAUGACACCAAUAUGAUGAAGGACAUUAAAGACAUUCUAUGCAGAUGUACUGUUGACCAAGUAAGAGUAGGUGAAGAGGAGUUGAGCAGAGAAACCUUCACCGAACCCUUCCAUUCUUUCAGAGUGUGGAAAGCCAUGAGGAGAAUAAUUGAACCAGUCCCAGAGCAUCUCACUCUGGAUCCAGAGACUGCAAACAGGCAGCUCCUUCUGUCCCAGGACCUGGUUAGUGUGAAGCAAAGUGAGGAAGAGCAGGAUGAGGAGGAAGACAUGCUCAAUCCACCGGCCCGGUUCGAUGUCUACCUGUGUGUUCUGAGCUCUCAGGGAUUUACGUCUGGGCGACACUUCUGGGAGGUGGAUCUUGGUCACAAAGUCCAGUGGGUUAUUGGUGUCUGCAGAGAGUCUGCCAACAGGAAGGGUGACAUUAUAACCAUUCCUUCACAUGGUUACUGGGUCAUAGGUUUGUUUGGUGAAAAUGACUACAGAGCAUCUACCUGCCAGGAUGCUGUCAUUCCAGUUGAUAGAAAACUUUGCAAGCUGGGGGUUUACUUAGACUAUGAAGGGGGUCGAGUGUCCUUUUACAAUGCUGACAAGAUGUCCCACCUGUACACUUUCACUGACACCUUCAAUGAGAAACUUUACCCCAUCUUCAACCCUUGCAAUAACCUGACUGGCCGAAACUAUGAACCGCUAAUAUUGUGCAGUCAUUUGACAGCACUCGGUCAUCAUGUACAACACUGUGCAUAAAAGGAAGACAGUGAAUGUUCCAUCCCCUCUCUGAAUCACAGUUCAACAUUUAGUCCCAUGAUGUUCAGCAGAUCAAAGUCCUAUAGCAGUGAAACAGAUCUUUCACCAACACAGUACGUAUUCCAAUUUAAUCAAAUCAAUAAUCUUGAAAAAAUUGCAGGGAAAAUUUACAAGUAUAUUUUCUGAACUUGAGAAACUCAGUGAUAGGAAAUGGUUGAAUGGGUUAGGACUUUAUUACCUGGCAUGCAGGAGAAUGAGAAAUAUCGUAUAGUGGUUUACAUAUUUAUGAGGGAUAUAGAUAGUGAAUGAGUGCAGACUCUUUCCCCUCAGUUUUAUUGAGUCAAACUAGAGGUCAUAGUUUUAGGGUGAAAAGGGAAAUCUGAGGGAAAAAAAUACUUCUAUUAGAGGGAAAAUUAGCGAAAAUAUGCUGAUGCUGGAAAUCCAAGCCAGGAACGCAGCAGGCCUGGCAGCAUCUAUGAAACAAAGUACACUUGACGUUUUGGGCUGAGAACCUUCGGCUGGAGGUUAACUGUACAUUUUUACAUGGAUGCCGCCUGGCCUGCUAAGUUCCUCAAGCAUUUUGCGUGUUGCUUCUCUCAGAGGGAGGUGUAAGUGCAGAAUUGGCUGCUAGUGGAAGUGAUGGAUGCAGGUUUAUUUGAAACAUUUAAGAGAAGUUUCAGGACUCCAUGACGCUAUAAUACCAGAUUCUUCCCCCAUAUUCCCGUGUAUUUUCCCAUCUUUAUACACAGUAGAAGCAAUUUUCAGUGGUCAAUUAAACUAAUUGUGGGAAUGAAACAGAAGCAUUCAGAGGAAAGCCACAAAUUGACAGGAAAAACCUGCAAAUUCCUCGUACAGAAAGUGCUGGGGUUUGUCAUUGAACCAGCAUUGCAGAGGCUGGGAAGUUGUGGCUUUGCUCACUGUGCAACCAUGCCCCUCUACAUUAUACAACAUUAAAAAUGGUAUAGUUAUUAAGUCAGACAACACAGACAAAGGGCCUCUACUCAUCUGAGUAUGAGAAAAAUAUUAAGUGUCUUAUCUGUAUUAAUCCUAUUUACCAUGUAUCUGGUCAGUAACCUUGAAUUAAUUACAGAGUAUCAAGGCUCAGUGAGGUGAAGGCUUUUCCUUAUCCCAUGUCAAUGUUUGAUCUGAAUAUUUUCCGCAGCUCUGUCUCUGAGUGUGCGAACAUCCGAUUGGAUCUGUCAGGCUUCAGCAUAAUUUCCAGAAUGGACAUCAGCCAGGAGGAGAUAGAGAAAAGGCAGCAUCUAUUUUCCUUACUACAAGUAGGAAGUGGUACGUUGAUAGAGGAAGGUGCCAGAUGACACUUUUUGAUUUUCAUCAUCGUACUAUUAAAAAAUCGGUCUCAGUAUAUUAGUCAAGGGCAUCCACCAGAGGUUAUUCACCUACUCACCUGCACAACAGUGCAAAGUAUCUUGUGGUGGUUCAGUCCGAAGUCCAUGGUCUAGUCCACGGACUCCGAACUCCGGGUUUUCCAGCGGUCUCUUGCUGCGGUUGGACGUAAUCAGAAACACCUGAGGCUCAUAUUGGAACUGGGAAUAUAAGUGGCCCUGGAAUUGAGUGUGGUUGGGGGUUGUCUUGUCAGAGGUGCAUGGCACAGAUGGCUGGUGGAAGGCUAGAAUAGGGUAUUGCCAUCCUUGGGGCGGUGUUGGAGAACCAUGGCUUCUGGGAGCCUUGCUGGUAGUAGUUGGAGUGGUCAUUGCAGUAUGGAUUCAGCUGUUUCCUGGGCCAGCUGGGUGACUGUCAGCCACUCUGAGCUAGGUGGGAAUCUGGUUGCUUCUGUAGCCAGCCAAGGCUGCUGGCUGAAAUGGCUACUUGGAGCUACCCUGGUGCAGAAGUGGAACUGUCCGUUGUACUUUGGUGUUUGUCUCUUCCUGUCCUUGCCCCUGUGGGGUAAGUCAGGCUGUUCUGCCGUUGCCCUGCGGGGGGAAUCUGUCUUGUCUUGUCCUCACCUGUGGGGUAAGUCAGGCUGUUCUGCUGUUGCCCUGCAGAUGUUCCUGCCCUACCUUGGUGUAGAGUUAUAGAUUUGGCUUGUUGGUGGAUAAAUCCUGGCUCUAUGUUUGUGUACUGUCUGUCUCAUGUCAGUGUCCUGUCAAAGAUGAGACCCGGCUUGUCGGAGGGUAAGUCCUGGCUCUAUGUCUGUGUACUGCCUGCCUCAUGUCAGUGUCCUGUCAAAGAUGAGACCUGGCUUGUUGGAGGAUAAGUCCCGGCUCCAUGUUGAUGUGUAGUUCCUAGUCUGCCCCUAGCUCUAGCCUCCAAGUUCCCCAAGCUCCAGGACUGCAGCCUCGACCCAAGCCUCAAGCCUCAUCACGUCCUUGCCUGGGUUUGGGGGUCUGAGCCCGAGGCAAGACCCAGGUUCUGGGUUCUUGUCCAGUCUCGGGCUUGGAGUCCACCCCAGGCUCCUUGUUCCCAGUCCCUCGUUCUGGUCCUGCUUCCUUUGCCUCGGCUGCAUCCCGUCCCAUCCUUGGGUUCCGUUUAGUCCUGUUUGCAGGACUUCAAUGUCUGUCCUGCAGUUGGGUCCUGAUUCAACACCUGACUUAUGACACAUCUGACACCCAGGAAACACCAUCUCAAAGGGAUGGUGUGUUUGUUAGCAAGUAAACACCAAUGCAAAAAAAGAAUCACUACAGCAGCACUUACACAGCACUUCCAAGCUGAUAACUUCUUUUUAAAAUGUAGCCAGAAUGAUAAAAUAACUCUGACUAAUACUUGCACUGCAAGUUUACAGAAAUGAAUGAUGCUUUGCGGACUAUACAUUCAGAAUAGCAGCAGGAGACCACGGACGUACACUCAGUAGCCAUUUUAAGUACAUCCUUACGUAGCCCUUAAAUUAGUCACCCAUCCACUUUGGUUCAAUGUGUUUUUUGUUCAGAGAUGCACUUCUGCACACCACUGUUGCAAUGUGUGUUUAUUUGAAUUGCCUUCGUCUUCCCAUCAGCUUGACUAUUCUCCUCUGGCUUCUGUCUUUAACAAGGCAUUUUCACUGACAAAACUGCUACUCGGUGGAUUGUUUUUGUUUUUACACCUUUUUUGGUAAACUAUACAGAGUGUUGUGUGUGAAAAUCUUUGGAGAUCAGUGAGAUACUCUAAACACACCAAUCAUUCCACAGUCAAUUACUUAGAUCACAUUUCUUCUUCAUUCGAAAGUUUAUUCUGAUCUGAACAGCAAAUGAAGAUCUUGAUCAUUGCCUUCAUGAUCUUAUGCAUUGAAUUGCUGUCACAUGAUUUGACAUUUGUGUUAAUGGACAAAUGUACAGAUGUACAUAAUAAAGUGGCCCCUGAAUAUAAGCAUCAACCCAGAGUGGUAUUUUUGAAUGGCCAAUUCUUUACUAUAGCUCUGAUUAUAAUAAAUACUACAUCUUUGUAUAGAUGCGUUCUACCUUUCUCCUGAUACAGAAAGCCUCAAUAAAAUAAAUUCACUGA